AUGCCUAGUCAGCAGACAUCUCAGCAUACCCCCACAAAGAGACAUGUUUCAAAAUCACCUGCAAUAAAGAAGAAACAGAAGAACCAACCAUCAAUUGAACUUGAUGAGGAACAUGAUACAUUGGAAGCAUUAUCUGAUGAUGAUGAAGAAUGCGGUGAAACUGAUACUGACUUGGAUGAAGAAGAACCUGACAGAUAUGAAGAAGGCAAAAGUGAUCGCCAAAAUUAUGAUGAUGCAGAAGGUGAGGAAGUGAAAGAAUGGACUUGUGACAUAGGUGAGAAAGUUGUUGAAGUAGAGAGAGGCAGAGGUUUAUUGUCAAAGAUGAUGGGCUGUGUGGGAGCAGAAGGAUUGAAUUUAGAGGGUAUAUGUCCUGAUAUCAUCAAAGACCCUACUUCCUUAGAACAAGUCUUACUCUGCAAAUCCAGAGACGAAAGAGAUGGAAUAUAUGGCGCAUUAUGGAAUGCAUGUGCUGGACCCUCCGUUAAAAUUCCACGUAUAGGAGAGAAAGUUUUUUAUUUCCCACAAGGUCACUUAGAACAGGUCGAAGCAUAUACAAAUCAACGAACCAGUUCUCAAAUGCCUGUUUAUGAUCUACCAUCAAAGAUUCUCUGCAGAGUUAUAUAUGUACAACUUAAGGCUGAAAUGGAAUCAGAUGAAGUGUUUGCUCAAGUGACACUAGUUCCGGACUCGAAGCAAGAUGAACCUGGAAUAAACAAAGAGAAACUUCUUUUUCCUCCUAAGAACACUAAAGUUUACUCCUUUUGCAAGAUACUUACUCCAUCUGAUACAAGUACUCAUGGAGGAUUUUCGGUUCUUAGACGACAUGCUAAUGAAUGUCUUCCACCUUUGGACAUGAGCCAGCAACCACCAUGUCAAGAGUUGGUGGCAAAAGAUUUGCAUGGGGUAGAAUGGCGCUUCCGCCAUAUUUAUCGUGGUCAACCCAAGAGGCACUUGCUUACAAGUGGUUGGAGUACAUUUGUGAACUCAAAGAAACUUGUUGCUGGUGAUACCUUUAUUUUCAUAAGGGCAGAAGAUGGGGAGCUUCGCGUUGGGUUUCGCCGUGCUUCAAGUAAGAUGCAAAGUUAUCCAUCAACAUCAGUCAUAAGCAGUCACACCAUGCAGCUUGGCAUACUCGCAACUGCUUCGCAUGCACUUUCAACUGGAUCCAUGUUCAGUGUUUACUAUCGUCCAAGGACAAGCCCAUCAGAGUUCUUGAUCCCAUAUAAGCAAUACAUGAAUAGCGUAAGAAGCAGUUUUGCAGUUGGGACUAGAUUUAAAAUGAGGAUUGACAGGGAAGAAGCUCCAGAAGAAAGACCUUCAGGCACCUUAGUUGGUAUCGAAGAGGAUGAUCCUGUUCACUGGCCCUGCUCGCAAUGGAAAUGUCUCGUCGCUCAUUGGGAUGAACCAUCUUCCUCCGUGCCACGUCCACUUCGGAUUUCUCCAUGGAUGAUUGAACCACUUUCAGCUGCGACUAACAUGCAACAGGUUCAAUCCCGAACAAAGAGACUUAGAACCAGUCAAGCAUCACCAGAUGAAUCAUCUACACUGUGCAAUGAUGCUCCUUCAUUAGGACUAUCCUUAGGUUCGACUGAGCAUGCACCACCACUGCCAGGGCAGUCUUCAGGGGUCUUUCAUGGUCAAGAAAAUGGACAAAUUCCAUCAAACCCAAAUUUGAUACCUCCAAGGAACUAUAACUGGGGUCAGAACCCGUUCCCGUUUCAAAGAAAUGAUCCUUUUUAUAUGGAUCCUGGAAAUAAUUUACCAAUUAAUUGUGCAUAUCAAGAUGUGUCACGAUUCGGUAGCAACUUUCAUCCACCCCUAUUUUCAACAUGUAAUGACAGUAGCAAUUCUGGAUUUAGUGAGAACCGGUCAGUUCCUCAAUUCAGUUUCCCAAGUUCUGGUUUCCCAGGAAUGAUGGGCCAUGCACACGAUGAAGUACCAAUGCAUCAGCAAAGAGACAGUAGCCCCUGCAUGCUUUUUGGUGUUGAUUUAGUAAAGAUUCCAAUGGGAACAACUCCAGCUUCAGAAAUGAGUUUCCCACAAUUCUUUCAUGACAAUUGUCAUGUUCCACAUUUCGGCAUGGUGGAUUCUGAUCAAAUUUCCGACUCAUCUAAGAUCACGAAUCCUUCAUAUUCUAGUGGAUCUGGAAGUGGUGUCGAAAAGCCAUGCCAGAGCUGUUCCAAUACCCCCACCAAAUUUUAUAAGGGAAUUUCGACGAGUAGUUCAAAAGAUCUACAUUAG